AUGGCCUCAUCACGUGGACGAGAACGUCUGAAAGAACGUCAGGCGAAUGGACGUCAUUUCGUGUUCGGCUCGAGCACCCCAAGAGAUCUUAGUCAUAUGAAUAAGAUUCCAACCAAAUUCCGUAGCUAUGACGCAAAAGUGCGGAUCACUAGAGAAGGGCCGGGACUCAGAGAGUACAUGGAGAAGGCAAGAUCACUUACUAGGGAAGGCUCGACGGAUGCUAGACAUUGGGCGUUUGGUUCGUCGACACCGCGGGAUCUCGCUCACAUGACCGCAAUAUCCACAGCGCAGAGAGUCUACGAUGCAAAAUCACCGAAAAAAAGCACCACAUCACCGGAAUUCGUCACUCCCGUACAUAAACGAAGCACCACUGCCCCUCAACCAAUCCAAAGGCCAGCAGCACCAGCGACACCAUCGAAACGACUGGAUGAAGACGUUUCGUCGGAACCCGAUUUUGUUCAGGAUAGAGAAGAGUUCAUCGCAGAUCUGCGGAAGAAAAAAGCAGCAGCCGCAGCAGCAACAAAGAAGAAACAGGAACAAGAAAAGAAAAUGAAUGGGAAAGUGAACUCAACGGUUAAAAUCGAAAAGUCGAAAACAAACGAGAUGAGCAAAUCGGCUAAGAUGGACGAGCCUCCACAAUACACGCACGCAUCCGAACUCGCUUCGGAGGUACGUAGCACCGAGCGGGUUCCUCAUAAUCUCCAUGAGGAAGAAAGCGCUACUGCUCAAGAACACAUAGUGCGAGGCAUGAAAGAUCAGAUUGUCGUUUCGGAACUAACGGAAGCGACGCCGGACAAGGAGAUUGUGAUCGACAAGGAUGGAACAGAGAAACUUGAGAAGGUUGUCAAAACAAGGACAAAUGAGAUCCUCAAAAAGGUUGAAGAUGUCUCGGCGGACGUUGCAAAAGAUCUCAAAGAAUUUGCGAAAGACGUGAAGACAGCGACCGAAACUAACAUUGACACAACUGUAAAAGACGCACAAAAAACUGUAGAAAAAACUGUCGAUAACGUCCGUGAGGAAGUAGGAAAGAAGACCGCCGAAAUAACAUCGGGAGCCUCUGAUCUCGUAUCACGAAUAGGAUCCACUGUUACAAGUGCUUUAACUAAAGCCGAAGAUGUUGUGGAUAAGGCUCAAGAGGAGAUUCUUGGAAACACCGAAAAGCCCCGUGACACCGACGAGAAAACACUAACAAUUAGUGGUUAA